AUAACAGGACUGCAGAGCACAUGAUUUUCCCAGGCCGCAGUUCCACCGGGGAUGCUCUCAAGCAGCCACGUCGUCGACGGAGCCAAGAAGCGAAAGAUGAAUGGGACUAGAGCGGGCGAUACCAUUUGCUUCACCAGGAGGGCGCUGGGAGAGACAAAACGAGCCUUCUCUUCCUCCUCCUCCCCCCCCGCUUCCCAGGUCAGGUGGUUCCGCCCAGGUGGCAGGCAGGAAACCGCUUCCAAAGCGGAGCUGAAACCGGGCGAUCCCAGCAGUUUCUCCGGCAGCUUGAAAGGUCGGGGGGGGGGGACCAGUUUAUGACUAUUAUUUUUCCCCGAUUAACACCGAUCUGCAAGGGACCAUGAGUGAUGGUGACAAGAACCCCGCCAGCACCCCAACCCCGGUCAUCGAUGUCCAAGGGGAUGGACGAUGGAUGUCAUUGCACCACCGUUUCAUUGCCGACAGCAAAGACAAGGAACCUGAAGUCGUCUUUAUUGGGGACUCCCUAGUGCAGCUGCUGCACCAGUUUGAGAUUUGGAGGGAGCUUUUCUCCCCACUGCAUGCCCUCAACUUUGGCAUUGGGGGUGAUGCCACGCAGCAUGUGCUGUGGCGCCUGCAGAACGGAGAACUGCAGCACAUCCGUCCAAAGAUUGUGGUACUCUGGGUAGGCACCAAUAACCACGGACACACUGCGGAACAGGUGACUGCUGGCAUAGAAUCCAUUGUGCGCGUCAUCAAUCAGCAACAACCCCAGGCCCGUGUGGUUGUCUUGGGCUUGCUGCCACGGGGCAAAACUCCCAACCCGUUACGAGAGAAGAACAGGAGGGUGAACGAAUUGCUGGAGAGUAAGGUGCCGCUGCUACCCAAUGCCUCCUUCCUCAAUGUUGACCCGGGCUUUGUGCAUUCAGACGGGACUAUAAGUCACCAUGACAUGUACGACUACCUCCACCUGACCCGCAACGGGUAUGCCAGACUCUGCCCUGGACUGCACCGCUUGCUGCUCUACCUACUGGGAGAAUGCCAUGCUCAAACACCUUGAUGGAUGCCCUCAAUCACACCUAAGAUGCUUGUCGUUGGGUUUGAGUGACUGCCGGAGGCUUUAGAAGCUAGAUUGCUGUUGAUUUCAGAUCGGCUGUUUUCAACCGACUGUAAGGUAAGUGGACUUCAACUCCCAGAAUUCCCCAGCCAGCUGUGCUGGCUGGGGAAUUCUGGGAAUUGAAGUCCACCCAUCUUAAAACUUGCCAAGGUUGAAGAAAACUGCUCCAGAGUGCCAAUAGUGUUUCCCACCCGUCUUCUGCCUGGCAUUUGAAACUGGGCACUCCUUUACUAACUCCAUAAGCCUCCGUGUGGGUUGUUUUCUUGCAAGGGGUGGGGAUGAUUGGCACCGUGACCUGCAGCUGCCAAAAAAAAAAAAAAAAAAUUGGCACAAGACAAGUUAACGGGAAUCUGUCUGUUUUUAUGUAAUAAAAGUAACUUGGAAGUUU